AUGCCUGAUAAGCUCUGUAUGGAUAACAUGGAAGCAAUCGGCCAGGUGGCGAAGAGCCAACUGGGUCCCGUCAUGAAUUCAGAGGUCUGCAGUAAGGGUAUAAAGCCCAGUAAAGCAGACUGGGCAUGGCUGGAGCCGAAGAUGCAGUCAAUCAUCAACAAUAUCAAAAAAUGCUCCCAGAAACCUGAUUUACCAAAUUACAAACCAAAAGUCGAGAAGCUUGGAGAUGCGAUUGUGGCGAAAUGCACAAAGCCCUCCCACAAUUACUGCAACGAAGAAGACCUUAAGGAGAUCAAAGGAUGCGCAGUUUCGGAAGCUCUGGGAUGGGGUAUGAUGAACAUGGAUAUGCUGAAAUACGCCGACAGAAAAAACUGUGAAAAGCUCGUCCCCUGCUUGAAGAAUCCAAAGACCUGGAGUUAUGAAAAAAGGUUAAUAAAGGAAUAUGCCAAGCAUAAAAGUCGACAUGCCUGA